GCGCGACAAACGCGAUUGUUCUUGUUUGCAAGACCUUAUAAGUCUCCAAUUAUGCCCGUCGCUAGCUCAUCUCGCUCGAAGAAACGCCACGCGCGAGCACCGUCCUCCGACAUCGAGGAGGAUUCCGGCCCGAGUCAGCACAAGCAAAACACACAGGAAGACGUAGAGAUGGACGAAGAUGAGGAGCCACGCAAGGCCAAGAAGAGCAAGAAGGACAAGCAGCGCGCGCCGAAGGACGACUCCGACGCGGAGGGCGAGGAAGAAGUGGAAGAGGACCUGCCCGUGCCGGAGAUUAACGACCAGCCUCUGGACAAGAACCAGGCGAUGAAAAUACGCCAGAUGGCGAGCGACUGGGGUUACACCCGUGACAAGGUCCACAACGCUAGUUAUGGAUUCCUGAGGGAAGUUGCGGCCUCUGUGGCUGAAUUCACCGAGGGCGAGAAGGGAGAGAAGGCCUUGAAACAAAUCGACGCGCUCAUGCGUGAACUGCUCGAUACAGAGCAGCAUUUGAAUGCGCAUGAGCAGGCCCUGGAUGAGAUUCACCAGAGGCUUAUGAGGGGCGACAAGAUUGCUGGCGUUGCUGAAGCGUAUGAAAAAGGCGUCCAGGAGAAGGUGAGGACGUACAAAGCGAAGACAUCGCGGCAGAAGUACGCCAAGAGCGAUAAUUACACCAAGUUCAAGCAGGCAGUAUACGAAGUGCACAAUCCAGACACCGCAAUGCCGCCGCUUGUCGAUCUCAUCCCUCGAGAGGAGGGCGACGACAGCGACGACGAAGACGACGUCCAGAUUGGAGGUAUCACGCAGGACUACAAGUGUCCCCUCACGCUCACGCACCUCAUCGACCCAUUGACCUCUAAGCUGUGCGGUCACUCCUACUCGGCCGCAGCUAUUCGGGAGUAUCUCGGCAAGGGAGGCAGGAAAGAAUGUCCUGCGACGGGCUGUAAGAAGAUGCUUGCCCUGUCUGAUCUCGAGGCCGACCCAGCCCUGGCCAAGCGCGCAAAGGAGGCCGCGCGUCGCGAGCGUGCCCGAGAGAGCGAUGAAGAUGAUGACGCCGAGGUCAUCGAGUAAAUGGCUUGCUUCGGUCCCAGUGGUUUGUUGCAGGACGUUCUGCGAGGCCAAUAGACGUCCCUUGUAGACGAGGCUUUGGGAGAGCGAACGGCGAAGGUGGAGUCAUCGAGGAGCUCUAUUUUUACUUUCUGCAUCGUACUGUGUUCUGUCUGUAAUAGUAUGCUAGAUCUUUGUGUACGUGUACUUAACCUAAAUUAUGUGUACCUGCUAGUCGUGCUCCU